UUUUAAAGAAGUUUUUUCAAGUUUAAGUUUUAGAAAAUACGAGCAAACAGUAAGAAUCUGUUAGAGGAAACAUAUAGAUACACAGACAGACAGACAGACAGACAGACAGACGGACAGACGGACAGACAGACGGACAAACAGACGUACGAUCAUACAAAAAGACAAACAUAAAGACAUCUGAGUGUCAAACAAAUAAACAGAUGUACGUACGGACGGACAUACAGAAAGACAGACGGACAGAACAUAUGUUUAUGAAUUUAUGAUGUUCUGCCGUAAUUUGGACUUUAAAGUAAAAAUUGUUCAUACUGCUUUUUAAAACAAAGUACCAUUAGUAUAUACAUAGUUUGACCAUCAGAUUUCAUAUCUCACAAUUGAAUCAUAAACUAAUUUGUAUAUUAUGAGAUAAAGUACUUAUUAAGUUAUUAUAUGCAUUCUUGAAGUCUUAUCAUUAGAGCCAAAAUAAUAUGUUUAGUUAACAAAAAACUUUCCUGUUAAAUACUACUAAAUGUUUCGGUAUUAAAAUGAAAAAAAGUUUAAUUUUCAAAACAUUUCUCACUUACGCAACCUUAAUAUGCUUGAUUUCUCCUACAAAUGGAGCAAAAAUUUUGUCUAUAUUUGGUCUACCAGGACCCUCCCAGUACAUAAUGGCUUCUGCUUUAUUAAAGGGUUUAGCCGAAAGAGGCCAUGAGGUUACCUCCAUAUCGACAUUUCCACAAAAAACUCCAGUUAAAAAUUUUCGAGAUAUAGCGGUAAUGGAAAAUUCUAAACUAUUUGAGACCUUAAUGACAGAAGCUGUGGAGGAAACUAAUGAAAAAGGUUUCUUUAGAGAAAUGCGUGAAUUUGGCGAGACAGGCUAUAAAAUGGUCAGCAAUGUCUUGGAACAUCCAAAAGUUAAACAUAUUAUGAAAACUGAAAAAUUUGAUUUGAUCAUAGUCGAGACCAUACUAAGUGAAGCUCUCUAUGGUUUGGGUGAAUAUUUUCAGGCUCCUAUGGUGGGUGUUUCCACCUUUGGUACUAUCAAUUUUGUGGACUAUUUAGUGGGCAAUGUCUCGCCCAUGUCGUAUAUACCACAUAUUUCUUUACCCUAUGAAAAUCGCAUGAGUCUCAAGGAAAGAAUCCGUAAUGUGGUAACGCAUAUCGUAGAUGAUUUGCAUUACAAUUAUAUAAUGCUACCACCCCAAGAGAAACUUUAUAAGAAAUAUUUUCCCUCAGCCAAACUAACAUUGGAUGAGGCCCAAAGAAAUUUUUCUUUAGUGCUGAUAAAUCAACAUUUUACUUUGAGUUAUCCCCGACCAUAUGUAUCCAAUAUGAUUGAGGUAGGAGGUUUGCAUAUAAAACAACAGCCAGAUCCUUUACCUCAAGACCUGCAAGAAUUUCUAGAUAAUGCUCAAGAGGGAGCCAUAUAUUUCUCCAUGGGUUCUAAUUUGAAAAGUAAAGAUAUACCAGCUGAAACUUUAAAAGUAUUUUUGGACACAUUUAGAGAAUUAAAAGUAAAAGUUUUAUGGAAAUUUGAAGCUGAAUCAUUAGCCCAGAAACCGGACAAUGUUUUCAUUAAAGCUUGGUAUCCUCAGCCCUCGGUAUUGGCUCAUCCUAAUGUUAAACUCUUCAUUUCCCAUGGUGGUUUCUUGAGUACAACUGAAACUAUAUUUCAUGGUAAACCCAUAUUGGGUAUACCCGUUUUUGGGGAUCAACCCAUGAAUGUUAAAAAUGCUGUUAAGGCAGGUUAUGCUUUAUCCUUGAAAUUAGAUGAAAUCACUAAAGAAUCUUUUAAAUCGACUAUAAUGGAACUUUUAACAAACGAACGUUAUACCAAGAGAGUACAACAGUUGUCUAGACAAUAUCGAGAUCAACCGCUGACACCUUUAGAAACAGCUAUAUAUUGGAUUGAAUAUGUUUUGAGACAUGAAGGUGCCGUACAUAUGCGUAAUGCUGGUCAGGAUUUGAACUAUUGGCAACGUAAUAGUAUCGAUGUAUUUGUGAUUUUGUGUGGCGGUUUAGUGAUUGUUAUUAUAACUUUAGUAAUUGUAUUAAGAUUGCUAAUAAAACUAUUGUGUGGUAUUAAUAAGUUUAGGAAUGCUAUACAGAAAUCUAAAUUAAAUUAAUUUUGUGUUAAUAAAGCAAUAAAUAACACUUUUGUAUUAGAGUUCUUACUUUUUAUUAUUUUCCUUGAC